CGUCAGGGGCGUAGUAUGUACGUUUCCAUCGAGUUAAUUCUGACCCCUGACUGCGCAUGCGCCAAAUCAGGACAUUGGGACUAACGGUGAACGCGUUUGGGUGGAACGGGUCCAGUUUCCCUCUUUGAAAAGCUGCAGGAAUAAUGGGAGCCGUGUUCCUGCCAGCAGAUGCCGCGCACUCUGUGCUGCGGAGGCUCCCGAGAGCAAACUUCUUCUUGGAGGAGAUGAAACAAGGGAACAUCCAGCGAGAAUGCAGGGAGGAAAUCUGCAAUUAUGAAGAAGCCAGGGAAGCAUUUGAGAAUGAUGAGAAAACGAGGCGAUUCUGGGAGGAGUACCAGCGGGAAAGCAGCCCUAGGCCCGGAGGACUGGAGUCCAUCGCCGGUGGCGUUCAUUCCCUGUACCUGAUCUUACCCCUGCUGCUAGUUUUGCUGCUCAUCGCUGCGGUUUCCAUCACAGUUUGGAGAUGCCACUCGCGCAAAAGAUCCCAGCAGAGUCCUGCCAUUGGACGUCCACAAAGAGACACAACCCUAUCAGUGGUGUCAAUGGACCAGUGGGGUCGGGACUACCAUCCUGACAUCAGUCCUCACUCAGAGAUCAGUGCCCACAGUAGCCCCGCCUACCCAGGCGCUGAUCUCACACCUGGCCGGGGCAGUCGGGGAGACCCGCCCCCUUCGUACGAGGAAGCUGUGGGGCACACGGAUAUACAGAUUGAAGCAGAGCCUCCACCACAAUACGAAGACAUCAUCAGUAACCACGGUAACACUGUUAUCAUCUCCCAGGGAAAGUGACAGAUCUUCCAGGCAUGUUAUCCAGCCUCGUAGGGAUGCAUUUUGAUACCAAUACUGUAAACCCUGUCAUUCCUUACUCGCUGUGUCUCUCUUCUCUUUGAUAGCUGAUGUUUUUGCGGGAUGUGAACAUGCUUUGGCUGUUUAUUUUGAAGUACUAGAAGUAUUUUUUUACAACUUCACUACUACAAUGACAGGCUUUUCAACUCCAGCACUAGCAUAAUUGCUAAACUUCUUUACUUAAUGUGAAGAGCAAACAACUUAUGCAAUAACAUUAUUCUUAGUACCGGUACAUUGUUAAAUAUUGAACUGCUUUGAUUUCAGAGAUGUGCUUGGAACUCAUAACAGCAUGAAUCCCAAUCCAAGCUCCAAUCCAAUGACAAAGUACUGUAAAAUCAUGAGCCAUUCUUCCAACUUAGUAAGUCCUAUGAGUGACACCUAUAAUCUUGAACUGAACAUUUGGUCAGUUGUGGCAUCUCAUGGAAGAGAUAAAACAUAUAAUUGUAAAUAAUGAGUUUCAGUGGAAAAGAAAUGCACAAUAUUUUCAGGAAGUUGUCAAUUUUAAUGUUUACAGACAUUCUGUACUUAAAGGUUCAUUGUACACUUUAUCAAUAGCCAUCUAAGCUUACACUAUCUCUAUUGAAAUGCAUAGAUGUCACUAUGCACUGGACUCACAGCCUCAAUGAAAUAUUGAUAUUGGGUUGAAUUUUCCUUUCCACUAUGUGAGGUUCUAAACACUGUGUGUAAGAUUUGGUUAGCAUGUUGGAAACGGUUCAGCUGAAUGGAAAACCAGUGUGAAUUUGCUGAUAAAAUAUAUUGCUGGUAGCAUUGACCAAACUAAUUAAAUCCUGUUUUUAUGUAGCAUCUGUUGGUAAUGCUGAAACAGACUCAGUGGGUACUCAAGUCAACGUGUGAGGUUUUGCAGUUCGGAAAAUACAAUACUUACAAUAGUUCAACUCAAAAAUGUAAAUUUAAUGAAUAUUUACUUGCCUUCAGUCUAUCCAAUAUGUAGAUUUGCAAAAAUAUAGCAUAUCACUUGCUCACUAAUAGAUUCUCUACAGCGAAUGGGUGCCGUCAAACAGCUGACGAGAAACAUCACAACAAUCCACAAGCAAGCUACACGACUAGUCCAUCAGCUAACAUUGUGCGCAUUGAAAAGCUGCAUGCUUGUAAACAAAAAAAUCCAUCAUUAAGACAUUUUAACGUCAAACCAUUGCUUCUGGCCAAAAUUCCAGUUAAGAAUGUUGACAGCACCCAUUCGAUGCAGAAGACCCACUAAUGACCAGGUGAUGUAAUGCUGCAUUUCUCCAAAUCUGUUGCUACAGCGAACCAAACUGUUCUGUGGCUUGUGAGUACAUCUUCAGCAAAUUUUCAUUUUGGGGCGAACUAUUCCUUGACCUGUUGUAUUGUGCAAGUGCGGUUUGAGGUUUCUCAUUCCAGUCGAGCCACAGUACGUUCAGUGGCAAAACAUGGUAGACUAAAUGGUCUAUGCAACAGUGAUUUCUUUUCUCUCCAUAGCUAUGGAGCAAUUUACAUGGUCACAGCCUUGUGAAAUAUAUUCUUAUUGUGGCCAAGGACUAAACGGGCAUAUUAAGCAUCCCAAGGUGGGAAUUCUCAGACAAGCAAGAUGAAUUGUCCAUUGUGGAGGUAAUUUAUAAGGAACAAGAAGCAUGCUUUUUGUGUGCAGCUGAGUUUUACUGUGUGCAGACUCUUUUAGAUUUAUUUUAGGGUAAAUAACUUGUGUGUUGUUUCUCUGACCUACUAGAGAAUGUCAAAAAAUAACAAUUAUGACUACCUUUACCAUGCUGCUUGUUUUGAAGUGAAUUCCAGGGCAUUCAAAAUAUGUUAAAGGCUGUUUUUACCCAUGGUUCGUUUGUUUGAAACAGUAGUUUGAUUCAAACCCUUUGCUUUCACCAAUGUAGUUUGGAGUCAGAAAUGCAGUUUUGUUUUCAUUUCCGUUACAAGUGUUAGUAACAAAAAGAGUGUGCUACAAAGCAUAACUCUCCUCCCACGACAAACUACAUUUUGCUAACACUUUAAACUGACACCUUUUUAUUAUAUCAUAAAGUUAUUCAUAAUGUAGAUUGUAAAGCAUUAUAUAUUUUUUUAUAAAUAAUUGUAACCAAAGUUAAAAUGCAUUAUAAUAUUUGCAGAUUCCUUGUUACAUCUAAAAUAGUUUUUUUUUUAAAUCACGUUUUAAUAUUUUCCAAAAAAUGUAACGAUGAAUAUGCAGUUGUGGUUACAAUUAUUCCUGAGAUCGAUUUUUAUGUAUAUAUAUUAAUUUCAGGUAAAGUGUCACCAAUUGUUUUGGGGGGUUUUUUUCUCUCCUAAAAUGUCUCUUCAGACUGAUUUAAAAAAGACAAAAAAAACCAAACUAUUUUGGAAAUUUGACACUAACUAUCAGGUUGGGCUUGUUCGUGUGUUUAACAGCAAGUGGACACCGUUUAUCUCAUACCAUUUAUUUCUGGUUUCUUAGUUUUCACCUCAGGCCCAGCUCCACUUAACAAAAAACAAGAACUUAAGAUUAGGAUCAAAUUAUGGGAACAAGCUGUUCUAGUCUAGUCCUAAAAUAUUAGAAGGAAAUAUUCAGUAUUAAAUAUCAGGAAAGUGUGUGUGUGUGUGUGUCUGUGGGUGGGUGGGUGUGUAUUAAGGAAAGAGAACAUAAUGGGGAAAAGUCAACACAUUUGUACCUAUGAGUGAAUGCACUUUUUUUGGGCUCUUGACUGCUCGGUGUAAAGAAAUAUUAGUUGAUGUGUAACGGAAUAUUAAUUGAUGUGUACGAUGUGAUAAGUUACUAGAGAAAAAAUGGCAAAUGCUGUUUGGUAUAUCCUCUUGGCUUUCUACAGUUUAUAUUUUCAAUUCAUCAACAACAUGCUUGGCUGACAUGAAUAUGCAAGAAAAUCCAUCACCAGCACCCACUCAAGAAAGCUUUGUGAAAAUUGAAACGUUCUCACUUUGCCUAAAAUGGUUUGUGUUUUUAAAGAUAAUGUGAAAUAAGACUACCGACAUUUGAAAUACAGUCUGAAGAUGUUACAACUUUGACUGAUGUUGCUGUACAUGUGCAGGCUGAUAUUUCUGUGGUAGUUAAGAGUGAUUGUGGUGGUGUUUAUUGCUUAAGCCUUAUUCAGAGAUAGAAAAUGUGUGUGUGUGUAUAUAUAUAUAUAAAUGUACUAAGAACAAAUUAAAUUUUUUGUAAUGAU